AUGCAAAGACUGACUAAUCAAUUUUCAAACUUAGAAAACAUUGGCAAUCUAGAGCUUCAGCUUCUGAGCCAAUCUGCAUCCACCAAGCAAGCAAAAUCUGACACUGCUAGCAAGAAAGCUACACUAUCAAAAUACCAGGAGAAUUUCAAUGAAGCAGAGGGCCUAGAAGGACUUGAAUUCUAUGAUGAUUUGUCGUUCUCAAAGUUGUCAAGCACAAACGUAAUUGCCAAAUCAUUACCAAUACUAGUACGUGAAGGUAAAGGUGAUGAAUCACCAUUUAUGAAAAGACUUCAAGAGAAAUCAGGAUCAGGCUCACACUUUGCUGACUACGCUGGUGACUUCCGGUCUCCUCGGGAUCAUGGUACUGCGAUCAAAGAUCAAUCAAGAAAUGGCAAAUUCCACGCGACGCAUCAACUUCAAGAAAUACCCGAGAUGAAGCUCAACAAUUUUCAUGAAUCCACUCCUGCAAAGUCAUUUGGAGAUAUAAAGUCUACACCGAAACAUAAAAGGACUACUUCGGUGAAGUUUUCUUUGACACCUGCACAGAAAACACAACCCAAGAGUGAUGUACACACUCAGACAGCCCUUGACAAUUUUGAAUUUGGUACCUUGAUAGGAAAUGGUGCAUUUGCAAGUGUCUACGAAGCAAAAAACUUGGCAACUGGUCAAAUUGUUGCAAUCAAACAAAUACGGCUUGAACAGGAUCAAGACGUUGGUGCAUUAAUGGGAGAGAUUGAUCUUUUAAAGAUUUUGAAGCAUCCAAAUAUAGUCAAAUACCAUGGUUUUGUUAAAAUUUCUACUUCCUUAAAUGUUAUACUUGAGUAUUGUGGAGGAGGCUCACUACGUCAAUUGUACAAGAAACGAAAAAGUGGACUUCCUGAAGUUGAAAUUAUUAAUUACGUGAGAGAAAUAUUAGCUGGUCUAAAUUACUUGCACGAACAAGGUGUGGUACAUCGUGAUGUCAAGGCUGCAAAUGUGUUACUAAAUGACAAGGGUGAAGUUAAGUUGGCUGAUUUUGGAGUUGCUUCAAAGGUGAGCUCACAGCAUUUCACAGUGGUAGGAACCCCAAAUUGGAUGGCACCAGAAACGGUCCUCGGUGGUGAGGGGCUUUGUACUGCAUCUGAUAUAUGGUCACUCGGUGCUACAAUAAUUGAACUUUUCACAACUAACCCACCGUAUCACGAGUUGAACGCAAUGGCCACUCUUCAUGCCAUCGGCACCGAUGACCAUCCGCCUUUGCCAAAGAAUAUAUCACCAUUAGCGAAAGAUUUUUUAUUGGAAUGUUUUCAGAAGCAGUCGAAUUUGAGGAUAAGUGCAAGUUUGCUACUUAAGCAUAAAUGGUUGAACCAAGAUCUGACGGUUAGCUCAAUUCGUGAGAAAAAAAGGACAUCACAUAUUUUCCAGUCUGGUAAACCAAUUGCAUUGGGGGAUACAAACAAAGACGCUCAAAGCCAAACUGAACAGUACCCCGGAACAGUGCAACCCAAGUUUUCCAGAAGCCAAUUGAUUCUCAAAACAAAGCUUUCCAAGAAUGACCUAUUGAACAAGUUUCACGAGGAUAAAGAAUCAGAACUGUUUUCAUCAUCAGUAUUUGCAAAGGGUAAAUCACUCGCUAUUUUUAACAGAGAUUUAGAGGACACCGAGGAGGAUGAUCCAUUCUUGGAAAUCGAGGUUGACAACUUCGAUACUAAUGAAAUCGAAAUUCAGGCCAAGAUGGAAUACUUGGUAACAAAAUUAACACAAAAAUUGGAGCAAAUACAUCCCGGUAAUGUUGAUUCUGUGGAAAAUUUGAUCAAAGUGACUGGAAGAAUGCUACACUUGAUUAAAAAAUAUCCAUUUCUGCAUGACACCUUUAUUCGAGACCAUGGCGUUCUCUCACUAAUGGAGCUAUUAGAGUCACAUCAAGAUAUACCAAAACAGAAUCAACUAUGGUACUAUGCUUUAUCGGUGUUGAACUAUGUCUUUGAAUCAAAUGUGGGUCAGUUCGAGAAUUUUUGCUUUUUGGGAGGAAUACCAACAAUAGCACAUUUUAGAAGCUCAACAUAUGAUAAGAGAGUGAGGCUUGAGGUUGCAAGGUUUAUCAAUUGUUUAAAUGUUUCAAACAGUGCUUUGUCAAUGUUUGUUUCCUGUGGUGGACUCAGAUUGAUUGCCAAAUUUGUUGAAGAGGAUUUCGAUGCUACCCCUACGUUCCCCUUGGUUGCGAUUGAUACGAUCCAUAAUAUAUUAAUUAGAGAUGUUAGUCGGUCCAAGUCUGACAUAUGUCGAAUUUUGUCUAAACAUGGGGUUCUUUUCUGGUUUGUCGUGUUGUUAAACAUGCUCUUAAAGAGAUGUCGUCAAUCGAACUACGACUUGGUACAGAAAGAUGAAAUGGAGAUAGCCGCUGAUAAGGUGGUGGAUGUUCUUAAGUUCUUCAGUCAAGCGGAAACGAAGGUUAGGGUGGCUGUUGCUAAUGUUGAUAUAUUCAAGCUUUUGGUCAAGUUAUACGAUAAUUUGACAUUUACUCAGCAAAUUGUUGUUUUAAACUUCUUCAGGUCGAUGUCAUGUAUUGGAGAAGUUUUGAAAUAUCUUUACAAAGCUGAUAUAUUGGAAUUUUUGGCGAGAUUGUUGGACAAGUAUGUCCCAUCAAGGUCCAACUAUAAAGAAGUGAUUAAAAACAUUGCUCCACUUAUUUACAAUUGUCUUUCAUUAAACCACGCAAAAGAGAUAGAGUUUGUCAAUUUGGGAGCUCUUCCACAUUUGAGGUCCCUAUCAAUGGUGAAAUUGCCAUUUAGGCAAUUUAUUUUGCCUAUCGUUUGUGAGUUGGUUUACUGUGGCAAAUCGGUCCGAGCAAAGUUGAGAUCAUGCGAUAUUCUUGGUUUGUAUUUUAACUUAUUGCUUGAUCCAUAUUGGCAGUCAAAUGCAUUGGAGUCUAUAUAUGCGUGGUAUCAAAUGAGCCCUAGGCAUAUCAAAUUAGAUAGUCCACAGGCAAAUAGUUGUUUAGCUGCUGGGUUUCUUUUACCUAAAGUCGCCAGUUUGGAGUCUGUCCUUGAUGUUUACUUGAAAUUGUUGGCUAUGGAUAAUUCUUUGGUAAAGACCAUGCUGGAGGUGAACAUAGCUGAGAACAUCUUGGUGAAAUUAAGAGGCUAUCAUCAAAAUCCUGUGAUUCAAGUGCUGCUAUUGAAAAUUUUGAAAAUUAUCAUGAUAAAUGUGGUAAUUGCUGGUUUCAACUGUCAUGUAGAUAAGGAUGAGAAGAAGGUGAUGAAACUGGUGGUUGACUCAUUGCGAAAUUUGCCUUUACGUCAAACCUCGCUUUUGGUGGGGGAGAUUUCCAGUGAAAUAUUGAGUUUGAUUCAACAUCGUUGA